AUGGAAAUCCAGACGAAUCGCUUAAAGAGCUAUAAUAGAGCGUAUCAUAGAAAUACACUGCAUCUCGAUAUCGAAGAAUUAUCGAAAGCGGGUUUCUACGCAAUGGAUUCAAAGUCUGAUAAUGUUCAUUGCGCGUACUGCGAGCUUCAACUACGUGAUUGGAAACCUGAUGAUAAUCCACACAGGUUGCAUAUUGAUUUCGCUCCUCAAUGUCCGUACGCUAAAGUGGUUUGUGGUGUGCAUGUUGAUGCACUCAUAUGGGGCGAUAUAGACGCUGGACGGGAUAGACGCAACUACUACGAAGACGAACCUCUUCAGAAUGGUCGUGUUCCACGUAGUAGACCGAUGAUCGACGCCCGUAAACAGACAUUUGUGAAAUGUGUACGACCACUCGUUGUAUCUGUACAUAAGCUCUCACUUGCCGGAUUCUCUUAUGCACCUACUACCGAAGCGUUUGAUUGCUGCCAGUGCGUACUCUGCGAUCUAAGUCUUUCAGACUGGCAGAAAGGCGAUGAUCCAAAUGAAGAACACAAGAACAGAUCGCCACAAUGCUCAUUUUUCGACGCGAAAUCAGUCAAAGGGACUUGCCCUCAACCUAAAAUCACAGAUACCAAGAUAGAUACCACGGGGGUAGAGCCGGAGCCAGCAGCGAAAGGAGGGAGGAAGACAAAGGGCAAAUCUACAUCGAGAAGCGCUUCAUUAGCUACCGACAAUGAUGAAAGCGAGAUGAAAUUGCCCAAGAGAGGUACGCGCACACGCUCACAGUCGAGACAACCCGAGGAGUUCCAACAGCUCGCACAGCCGAGACAGCCGCCAUCGCGGAGGACAACAUCAAGGACAGUGUCACAGCAGAAGAAAUUGUCAACGAAACCGACACAGCUGGAAGAUGUUGUAGAGAGUCCAAAGAAACCACUACCGCCAACACCAAAAGAAGACAAGAAAACUGAUCCCACGACAAAAUUAUCACCAUUCCCUGAACUGAGCAAUAGUAAUGGAGUUAGGUCAUCGCGAAACGCGCUUAACCAGAUGAACAAAUCACCAAGUCGAUUGAAGGAGGUUGUCAAUAAAGAAACUGAGGAAACGGAUGAAAUCAGCGCAGAUAACAGCGGACAGAACAACGACAGGACUCUUACUUUAGCGGAGUAUAUACGGAAGUGUGUCACAGACGAGGCUAACAAAAUGCGUCAAACGGGUGAAACGCAGAUUAACAAGUUUGAAAGUAACGCUAAGCGCGGUGAGGAUGAAUUGCGAGCAAAGUUAUCGCAAGCUAGACUUUAG